AUGACGUUAAGCAGAUCAUGGAGCAAGCGCGCCAUGAUCUCCAGCGACAGCUACUGGACCAAGAUGUGCACCUACACCACGGUGAAGAAGGCGCAGAUAAUUGACCCGAAGAUCGCCCUCUCGCACAAGGCGGUCAUGAUAGCAAUAACCGCGUGGAUCCUUACCGGCGUCUUCAGGGACUUCAACUACGUCCUGUCCGAGACACCCGGCACGAGUGUCAACGCCUACAUCGACCAGGCCGGCUUUUACGACCAGCAGACUAAACUCCAGGCCGCACCCCCGUGGUACUGCAACAAUCCCAAGACAGAUUACAACUACAGCGCGACGUGGAGAUACGAGAACAACGACUGCUUGUUCGGCCUCACGCUCGCGGACGUCAUGACAAAGACCGAGAGCGCGGUGUUCAUCACCACCUACUUCCAGGACACCCCUUCAGAUGCCACGUCGGCUGCCGCCGCGGGCUUGACCGCCAAGAACUACUUCGUCCCGGGCGUCGACCAGAUGAUGCUGUGGUUCGACCACUCGGUUAUCACCUCGUGGGGAACCAAGGUCACGAACCCCUCGUUCGACGUCACGAGCUUCGGUUCCGACGCCGUGCUCAAGUCGUACACGAGGGGGCAAGAGGUCGGGAUCAAGCUCGAGGAUCUCCUGGCGAUGACCGGCGCGAACCUCGACGCCGAGAACGUCGCGUCCUUUGGAGCGCCGCUCUACCGAAUCACCGGGCUUCACGUGCAGAUGAGCGUCCAGUACGGCAACAUGCACGCGGGGGAGGCGUUCGACCCGGACGACGUGCGCGGGCGGGGUACCGUGCGGUACUCCCCCGGGGUGUGGACCUCGCUCGGGCCCAAGAUCGUGUACAAGAAGGGGAGCGACGGCGAGCUUCACAAGUUUCAGCGGUACCACUACGUCCUCCGCGUCAGCCUGGAGCAGGGCGGCACGGUGGGCAGGUUCGACUUCAUGACCCUGCUCGUGAACCUCGCCGUCGCGUCCGCGAUGCUCGGGGUGGCGGUCACGGUCGUGGACACCGCGUCGGAGUACCUGGUGGGCAACUUCGACGACAUGAAGUACGACGACAGGAACGAUUGGAUGACUCUCGAGGCGCUCAAGGCGCACGCGCUGGAACAGGGGAUACUGGACAAGUUCGCGGAGGAUAGCGGGCUGGAGCUCCUGGAGGACGACGUGAUGCGAGAUCUAAAAUCGAGAGCCCAGGCGAAGCAGGAGAGGACGAAGGACGCCCUUCGAAAGGCUGCCGGGGUCGGCGCGGGGUUGGGCGGCAAGGGUGAGAAGGGCGGCCUCGGUGAGAAGGGCGGCGUGGGUCUGAGGUCGCUGGCGUCUGGCGGAAAGGCGAGCGCUAACGGGUCAGCAUCGGGUCGCGUCGCGCCCGCACCGAUGCGGGGUAACAUGUUCAGGCCGGCUCCCGACAGGGGCACUCUCACGCCGUCGCCCUCGAACGUCGUGUCCAGGAUGCUCGCCGAGCAGCAGGCGUUGGGGCUGGGCGACGAAGACUCCGACGGCGACGGCGAGAACGCUACUGAUAGUUACGACGGGGCUAGGUCAUAUCAAGUUUAUGAUGGAAGGCAUCGCGGCGAGUAUGACUAUGGUAAUCAAGAGGAGGGCCGUCGCAAGCCAGCUGUUCCGUUUCAGGUAAUCAAGCGACGCGCGGUACAAAGACGGUUCCUCGCGCACUUGCAGCACCAGACCGUCGUAACCGUCGGCAGUUUCGUCGAACGAUACCUGCCGCUUGGGUCUCUUGUCCACCAGCCUACGUCGGGGCGGGUCAGUUCAGCCGCGGCGGAGUUCGUUAAAAGAAAUGGGGAAACAACGGGACAGUGGGUGGGGAGAUGA